AUGUCUGCCGCACUCAGACUCGCACCCGUCUUCGGCGCACUCGCCCUGGUCGGCGCUGGCGCUAGCUACAGUUUCAGGCAACCGGGCGACUUCACGAAGAAUGCGCUGGCCGCUGCCGAAUUUGGCGCGCCAGAUGUUAGCGCUGCAGCAGUGAAAGCGAAGCUUCCUUCGAACUUCUUCCAGUUCACGCUCGGCAACUUUAAGAUCAGCAACGCCAGCGCGUAG